AUGUACGAAAGCUCCUGCUCGUAUCAGACGGCGCUGGAUCUGAAGCGGGGUGCUUCCCCACUCGUAACGCACCAGGUAAAGUCGGAAGACUGUCUCGGGCUGACACAGUGCACCGAUUGGGGUACGUACCGUUUCCAUCAGUCCACGUUCGAGCAGUUGAAGCAGAGUGUGGAGAAGGCUAAGGCCGCCCUACAGGAUCGAACAUCUUUCCUCGGCAGUUCCAGUGCUUUUAGUGAUAUCUAUUCUUCACCAAGGUUGACGGAAUCGCUCGAAAACGUUAUUUCUCAUACCAGCGGCAAUAACAAUAGCAGUACUAAUAAUGGACCAGGCAGUACCAAUCCUGUCUCGAAUGGAAACACAAGCGCUGAGAGUAACCCUGCUAACACUAACGCUGGUAGUAACGCAGGUAACGCAGGCAGUGUACUAAACGUCAGUGGUAGUAAUAAUGGCGGUAGUGGUACGGGGAAUGGCACCAACACCAGUGCCAGUAGUGGUGGUGGUGCAGGAGGAGGUGGUGGAGGUGGAGCAAGUGGAACAAGCGGUAGUAGUAUUAGCGUCAUAAACGCAACCUCGCUCGUGUCACCUUCGAAUCUGUUGGGGAACGGGCUGUCAAGUCAACGGCACCGAAGCGAUCUGCUCGGAUCGGGUAACCUGAAUCUGGUUUCUUCAACACAGUCGCCCACGACCACCUCGACGCCAUCUUCUAUACUGUCCCAGAAUCUGGAGUCUCCGGUGGACGUCAAGUCACGGCAAGUUUAA